CUGCAUCGAAGAAAAACUGCAGGAGAAUAUGGCUCAUCCAAAACCACUUCUGAUCCCGUGGCUUCGGGAUCAGAUUGACAGCGGCAGGUAUCCAGGUGUCCAGUGGACAAACCCGCAGCACACGCAGUUCUCCAUCCCGUGGAAACAUGCUCUGAGACAGGACUCCUCAGACACCGAUGUUCUCAUCUUUAAGGCCUGGGCUCAAGUGAGUGGCAACAACCAGGCUCAGGGAGAUGCCUCAAUCUGGAAGAGAAACUUCCGCAGCGCCCUCCGAGUUAAAGGCUUCAAACUGGUGUCAGAUUCCAAGAACGAUACUGCCAACCCUCAUAAAGUCUUUCGCUGGCCGGAGGAGGCAGGAUCAGAGGCUAACUCUUCUGCUGGAUCCCAGGAGCAGAAUGAUGCAAUUUUGUUUGAUGGCUUUAACACACAAAACACUCACGUUGAGCCAUUCCUUGAUGAUGGUCUGUUCAUUCCACAAGACGUUGUGAUUCGAGCAGAAUGCCCAGACGGCCGUGAUAUUCUCCAGGAGUGUUUAAAAACCCUGAACAUCAGCCCUGCAGCAGAGGGCACAGCAGACUUCGAGUUUCCAUCUGAGCAGCAACAGCUGCAGGAUCAGAUUGUGAUUGGUGGACACCCGUUGCCUGGGCAACAGCAGGAUCCAGUAAUGUUUGAGCGUGCAGCCGGAGAAACUGGGUUGCCUGAGCAACCAGCGUGUCCGAUGGGGGGAGCUGUGGGAGGGGGCUAUGAUGACGGGCAGUACGCAGAACAGUUCCUCCAAACCGUGAACAAGACCAGGGAUGGAGAUAGUUUCAAGACUUAUUUCAGGAUAACGGUGUACUACAGAGGGGUAAAGGUCUCUGAGCAGCAGGUUGAGAACGAAGCUGGUUUCCGCCUGGUCUACAGGCCUGAACUCAUCAGUCCAGUUUGGGAUCCUGAGACGAGCCUUUCCUUGGUCUCCCUGCCACAACCUGGAGGCAUUCUGGAUCAAACUCAAGCUACGCUGACCCAGAAGAUUCUGGACAAGUUGGGACACGGGCUCGAAGUGGGGGUCUCAGGCUGUGUGGUGUAUGGCCAGCGAUGGGGUGAAACCAAAGCUUUCUGGAGCUUCUCCAAGUUUGACAGAAGCGGACUGCAGCAAGAGAUUCCUAAGCUGCAUCCAGAACCACUGUACCCGUUCAGGGACUUUAUCAAAGGAAUAAUUGAUUUCAGUAAUGGAGGCGAAUGCCCUCCUUGCUCCCUGUUCUUCUGUCUCGGGGAGAAGUGGCCCGACCCAGAGAAGAGACCGCUGGAGAAAAAACUCAUCUCAGUUGAGGUGUCUUUAACUUCUAUGGAGUUGCUGAAGAACAUAGCUGUUGCAGGUGGCGCCUCCUCUCUGCAGUCUGUAGAACUGCAGGUGUCUCUUGAAGAAAUGAUGGAGCUGUGCUGA